AUGAGUGCCCAACUGUCACCCGAAGCUGCGGUUGCCUCCGCUGAGCAGGGCCCGGAGCUUCUCGGCUCCCCCGAUCUUACACCUGCCGGCGAGCCGGCCGCGUCUGCAUCUCAAGCUGAGUCUCAGGAGCUGGUUUUUGGGUCUCUGGGGGAUUUUGAUUCAGCAGCUCUUGAUGCAGUGUUACAAGAGACAGCACAUGAUCCAGAAUUGGUCAGCCUCGAGGAGUUGGCCAAGUCUUUGAGAGAGCCUAAUGUUGCCAGUGGGUUGCACUUAGGCCCUGCCCCAGCCUCUCCUGCCGGGUCCCUGGGCAGGGCUUCUCCGGUUGGCGGUCCGCCUAGUGUAGUCCUCUCUCCCACAUUCUCUUGGGGCGCUCAUUCUGAUGCGGAAGAAGAUCCUGGCUCAGAGACCAGAUGGUGGAAUCAGGUCCGCGACUCCGAGCCCGAGUCUGGGCCUGCUGGGGUCUCUUCGUCCUCUGGUUCUUUCGACUUUGCUGCUACAUUCAGGAUGGCCGUGCAAGCACAGUGGCGGAUGCCGGAAAGGGAGCCGCUUAAGCAACCUUGGGAGCAAGGGAUCUUUGGUGAGCUAUUCGGAAGUGGAGGCCCAGAGCUACUGCCCACUUUGAAGAGGUCUGUUCCUACAAUUCUGAAGGAGGACGGAGCGCCUUCUGGAGGGGCAGAGACCGCUGCAGUGAAGAGAUCGAGGAUCCAGCGUGAGGCUCAGUUCGAGAUCGGGAUCGACUUGUGGAUGACCCUCAUGAAAGGCUGGAGUAGCUGCAGCUUCGUUGACCUUUUGGAUGCCGAGCUGCCUGGUGAUGCCCAGCGGGGAGUUAUCUCCGACAUCUUCAGGAGAAAAGCGCCUUCGACUCUACUGAAAAGAGGGCGGGCCAUUGCAAAUUUUCAGAGUUACCUCGAGGAGAACCUCGCAACCUUCCCUUGUGUGGAGCGUGAGCUGUACCAGUACUUGAAGCAUCUGGAGAAGCACGGGGCCCCCAAGAGCAGGUGUUCUGGACUGUUGGAAGCUCUCGCCUUCGUUCGGCAUGUGGUGGGAGUGGAAGAAGUCGAGUGCCUAUUAAAGAGUAGACGCUGCAGGGGCCUUGGAGUGGUGGAAUCUUUCAAGGAGUCCAAGCAGGCCCCGGCCUUGACUGUGGCGCAACUUCGACUGCUGCACGAGGCUCUCGAGUCGCAUCAGGACCCCUGGACCCGUCACUUCGCGGGAUGCGCCUUGGUGGCUACUUUCAGUCGCUGCAGGUGGUCUGACAUACAGCAUUCAGUCCAGCUUAUCGUUGACAGAGGUCAGGAUGGGGAGCUCAUUUACCUGGAGCUCAGGAUUGGGGUGCAUAAGACUUGUCGGCUACAGAGCAAGAGGCAUCGCUUCUUGCACGUGGUCUCCCCGAGUCUGGGCUUGAAGCAAUUUGGCGAACUGUGGCUGAAGAGCCGAAGGGACAUCGGACUUUCGGACGAAAAGAAUAUGCCUUUUUGCCCUGUGCCGGAUGCAAGUGGCCGCCCGACAGUCCGAGGCAUUGAGUCGGACGAAGCCACAACUUGGCUUCGUCUCCUCCUCAAGAGCGAGCCGGGAAAGGAAAUCGAGCCCUCGUCGAAAUCCUUCAAAGCCACCAUUCUCUCGUGGGCGGCCAAGAGAGGAGUGGAUGGCCUCUCAAUUCAGAGGUUAGGCUACCAUGCGUCGGGAGGUUUGGACAUUGUCUACAGCCGUGAUGCCCAGGCGCCGUACAUACUUCUGGUGGAGAAGCUCCUGGCCGAAGUUCGUGAUGGGAGUCCUGAGGUUGGUGCUCCUGUGCCCCAGCUGGUCAAGGAGGAGAUCAGAAGUGACCUCAGCGCAGGGUCGUUUGUCGUCGUGAAUGCAACGGAGAGCGAGGCUGAGGGUGAUCUUGUGUCCCUCGGUAGCUCUACGGACUCAGCAGAUGAGUACGAACAUCAGCCGGUUGCAAUGGUGGCCCGAGGGGACGCCGGUAGUCGGACCAAAGCAUGCAAAGCUCCGAACGAGGGUGUCCCCAGUGGUGCAUUGCAGCAAGUGAGCUUAGCGACCCGAGCGCAAUGUUGGCUCAUGAGCAGAGUGUCGGGCUGCACUGAGGCAGAGGUGCCUGGAGGUCACUCCGGAUGGGAGUCUUUACACGUCUUUGUCAGCGCAGAGCAUACGCACCUUCAGGCAGUUGGCAUUCGCUAUCGGAACGCCGAGGCAACCGCAUAUGUCAUCCAGGCUUUGAAGGAUCAGGUAAGUGCGGAUAAUCCUGAAGGGCAGGUCCGAAAAAUGCCGAUGGCUGAGCGAGUGGUUAAUCACAUUCUGGAAUCCGGACUCUUAGUGUGGGUGCCGCCGUCUAUGUGCGGAAAGCGCGACACUGAAGUCGCCCAAGGCAUUGAGCAUAAAACGUCUGUGGUUCAAAUCGAGAAGGAGGCAUUGAAAGUGGCUGCUCCGGAAUCGGAGACGAAGGCGGAUCUUACGACUCCUCUGUUGAUGCAUUUUGCUUUCCAGAGGAGGGGAAUCGCUUUUGAUCAGUGUGGCCUGAUAGAUUGGGCGACCCACCAGGACUACCUCCACCGUCUGUUGAGCGCGAUGAGUGCGCCGGUGCCGCCAGGUUUCCAUCCUGUCACCGCAACCCAGGUGGUGCGUGCCGAUAAGGAGCUCUUCACAAUCAUGGCUAGAGAGUGUCCACCUCCCUUCAAGGUCAGGGCUGAUGGGACUAAACCUCUGAAUGUGGCCUUGAAGUCCCUCAUGUUGGAUUCGAGGAUUCAGAUGUGGUUGCUGCCGUCGCCAGGUGGGGUUGCAAGCAAAGUUCCGGUUGGGCCAGAUGUGGAAGCGCCCGCCGAAGCGCCGCCGGGAGUGCCAGCUCCCCCGAAGAAGCCUCGCAUCCGAAAGAAGGCCAAGAAGGUGAUCCCGGACAGCCUCAAGGGCUGCAAAAAGUUCGGGCGCUUCGCGGGUGGCUAUCCAUUUGCUGCCUUCGCUUUCCUUGAUCAGACUCAAUCCGACUUGCACCAAGACGCGCAAAGGAAGGGUUUCAUUUUGGAUGUAUCCGGCGGGCCUCAGUGGCUUCCGGCCGCCGCGGUUUGUCAGCUACAUGAGCUAGGCUUUCAAUUGCAGAGGCCGGUCCAAACGGCUGAACAUGUCUUUAACCGGGUGCCAUCCUCUCUGUGUGUGGAUGACAUGCUGGUGAUCCAGCUCUUUUGCGGAUCUGCAGGCCUCAGUUGGGCCUGCCAUAGGCUGGGGUUUCAGGUCAUGCCGAUUUGGCAUAAGCAGCCGGAUGCCAAACCACGUCUGAGGGUCCAUCAGUUGGAUCUUGCGAAUGCAGAUUCUGUGCACAGCCUUCAACAUUUUAUCAUCACGGAAUCACAUCGCAUCGCCAUGAUUUGGGCAGCCGUUCCCGAGAAUACUGUAAGCGCGGCCCGGGAAAAGCCAAUUCCCCGGCUCCAGCGCUUGAAUCUGCCAGUGCCUCAGCCUCUUCGGAGCACCAAGCGGCCUCACGGCUUGGAUGGCCUUGUCGGAAGAGACAAACAGCGGUGUGAAGUGGCAAAUCGGCUCUACCAAUCAGUGUCAACCUUGUUUCAAGCUGCCCUGGAGCGUGGUGUUCGGUGUGUUCUUGAAAAUGCCGCCAGUUCCUUGUUCUGGCAAACGGAUUACUUCAAAUCGUUGGCUGCAAUGCAUGCUGGAUCAACCGUGCAAUUCCAUAUGUGCCAACAUGGAGGUGCCAGGCCUAAACUGCUUCAACUUUGGACUUCAGACCAUGCCUUUGACUCGCUUGCUGCGCAGUGUCCCGGGGCAAAGUUGUGCAAGCAUGAACCUUGGAUCCCCGUGGCAUCGGAGCGUCGCCAAUUCAUUGCUGCCAGUUCAUCGUCAGCCUACCCGCAGAUUUUCUGCGAGCGCGUGGCAGGCAUGUUGAAGCAAGUGUGCCGCAACACAGGUGUUCGAGAGAGGCUCUCCCUGCCCGAUGCCGUUGAGUCCUCAGCGCCGAAGCUGCAGCGGCUGGCUCUAGGACUUCAGCCCGCAGGAGCUAGCUUGCCGCAACUGCUUCCGGAGUACAGCCAUCGCCUGCAAGUUGUGGUCGUGCCGUCAAAUUCACCACCAGCCUCGCCACAGCAUGCAGUGUUGCUUUCUCGGCGUCUUCUCAUGUGGGGGGAGCACCAGGCCGAGAAACGAACUCCCACCGAGGGCGUGAAAUUUCAGCUUGACCCAACGUCUCUUCGCCCAGACAGCUUGAUUGAGGUCUUCACUUUUGGCAUACCUGCCUCGCCUGAAGCCUUUGUCAAAAGGGCUGUGGCUUGUGGACACCCUGCCGAUUUCGAAUCUUCCUUGGAGCCUAUCUUGAAGGAGGUGGUGAAAGAAAACAUCGUGGGGGACGAGGUCAAACUUGCGAAGGCUCGCCUAGCUUUCAUUGCGAAGUGGCGAUCCAGAGCCAAGGCUUUGGAGAAGCAGGAAGCUGCGCUGCACGAGGAAAUGGUAGAGCGCUACAACCUUCCCGACACCAAUCUGGUGAGCGAUAUGCUCAAGGGCUUUAGUCUCAGCGGGUGGAUGCCGAGCAGUGGUUCGUUCCCACCGUCGGCAAAGAGACCGGAGCUCUCAGUGGAGUCGUUGAAGAUCUUGUCAAGCGGCUUCAAUGCAGCCACUCUGCAGAAGACCCAGGUCAGACAGGAUGAUGAUCUGGAAAAAGCCACUUGGGAGGAGACGCUUUCGGAGGAAGCAAAUGGAUGGAUCUGGAAGUGUUCGGAGCAACAGAUGGAUGGGAAAGUGGUUGCUCGAAGAUUUGGCAUCCUUCAAGGGAGCAAAAUUCGGGUGAUAGAUGAUCUUUCUUGUUGCGGUCUUAAUGCGACGGUGGGGCUCAGGGAAAAGUUCGUGCUUCAUUCGAUCGAUAAGAUGGCUGCGAUGCUUGCGUACGCCACUUCAUUGGUUACGGACCCGGACUUUUCCUUAUGCGGUCGUACGUACGACCUCAAGAGUGCGUACAAACAAUUCCCAAUCUGCCAACGGGAUUUUGACUUGCUGAGAUUCAUGGUGGCCGAGAUAAGCGCCUGCAUAUGGCAGAUUGGUGUUUUGGGCCUCCGGGCACUGUGGACGGCUUUCUUUGACGACUACUCUGUCGUCAGCAAGGAGUCGUUGAAAAAGAACACCGCUUAUGCCAUAGAGUCUUUAUUUUCUCUGCUAGGACUUGACUUCGCCAAAGAAGGUAAGAAAGAGCCGGCCUUCUGUGAGCAGUUUGGCAUGUUGGGGCUUUCGGUUGACCUUAGGGGAUUUAAGCAAGGGAAAAUUGAGAUUGGGCAUACCGAGAAGCGGGUGGCCGAGCUCAAAUCCGCACUGUCCGAAACGCUCGAGUGCAACCGACUCUCUCAGAAGGAGUCGGAGAGACUGAGGGGUCGCAUGAACUUCUUCGAAGGACACGCGUACGGCAGGGGCCCAGCUCAGGCUUUGCGGACGAUCGAUCACUUUGCGCGGUCGGGGGCGGCUGCCACGAGGUUGCCCCCAGUUGUGACUGCAGCGAUUGUUACCUUGAGGGGACGGCUUGAGUCGGCGAUUCCUUUGCAAAUUUCGGCUCGAUCCUUGGCCACUUGGUACCUGUUCACAGACGGAUCUUGCGAGCCUGAGCGUGAGUUUGGUGCAGUUGGUGCCAUUCUUUACGACCAGAGUGGAAGGGCUGUAUCGGCCUUCAGCGAAAAGGCCCCAAAGGACGUCAUGAGGCGACUCCUGAAAGAAUCGUCCAAUCCAAUUUAUGCUUUGGAGCUGUACCCAGUGUUGCUCUCCUACAGGAAAUGGCAGCACCUCCUCGGGGGAGCCCAAGUCGUCAGCUUCGUGGACAAUGAUGCGGCCAAGUACUCACUAGUACGAUCUUGUUCCUCGACAGAUGAGGGUGCCUCUAUCAUCGAGGCGAUCCGAAAUCUUGAGCUGGAUUUGCAGCUAAGGGCUUGGUACUCAAGAGUACCUACGCAUAGUAACCCCGCUGAUGCACCAAGCAGGUUGGAUACCAGCGGCCUUGAGGGCAUUCUCACUUCGUCACUCUCGUGGGAGGUGUCUUCCACUGCGUGUUGA